UCGGCUGGCGGCUCUGCUCCCCAGCCAGAGGCAGGCUGCGCUCAACGCUGCACGCCUGUGCAUCGCCACUAGACACCUCGGCCAAGCGCUUUGCAAAGGCUCUGGUAACCUGGGCACCGUUUCUUCACCCCAGCCAAGGAUUUCUCCUGCACGUCCCCUCCUGGCCCGCCCCAUCCCCGCAGCGGAUCGCCGAGUCCAAUGCAGGGCUCCGCGGUACUUGCAAAGGCUCCUGUCUGUGAACCACGUGUGAAGCCGAGCGCUCCGCUCUUGUUUAUACUGAUGCCAGCCUCUCCCUAACUCCUCCGAGAGUGAGACCCCCAAGUCACGCCCCUUCACCAUGCGGGGGACGCACUAGGGCUUGCCAAGAGCUCGGAAGGGACCUCUGCUCUGGGGUUGAUUUCAUGGACAGUACCUGAACCUUGAGCGGUUUGGAGCUGGCUUCUGUUUUCGGUUAGAUCUUCGCUGCUCGGACAAAUGCAGACAAAUGCAUUUAGGAGCAAAAAGGACAAGGACUGGAAGCAUCUCUCCCACGGCAAAAACGAAAACCCUCCUUCUUUUUCUUGCGAUAUGCAUAGCUGUGGGUGCCGCACAAAUGCCAGCACAAGGCAUAGAUGUUCUUCACCAGUUAGGCCUUGGUGGGAAAGACAUACAACAUCCAUCAACAGUGUCUACAAUGCCCUUGUCAUCUGUUCCAUUACCUCAGGGGGUUCACUUAACAGCAUCAGGCGUUGUUUUAACCAGAGAUGCACACAUUGAAUCCCCUAUCACUCAAGUCAUACCAUCAAGUCUAGGGAAUCAAUUCACAUUAUUGAUUGGGCUACACUCUUAUAGAGUAAACAAUGCUUUUCUUUUCAGUAUUAGAAACAAAAACAGACUGCUAUUUGGUGUACAGUUGCUACCAAGGAAGGUAGUGGUAUACAUUGGAGGGAAGCAGUCUGUAUAUUUUGAUUACAGUAUUCAUGAUGAACAAUGGCAUUCAUUUGCUAUUGACAUUAGAGACAAGACAGUCUCAAUGUUUGCUGAGUGUGGAAAGAAAUAUUACAGCAGGGAAACACUUUCUAAAGUACAGAUAUUUGAUUUGGAUGGUUUGUUUACCUUAGGACGGAUGAACUCUCAGUCUGUCAGCUUUGAAGGAGUAAUAUGUCAACUGGAUAUUAUCCCCUCUGCACAAGCCUCUGCAAACUAUUGUAAAUAUGUAAAACAGCAAUGUCGCCAAGCUGAAACAUACCGAUCUCUGCCAGCACCUCCCGACACAUCAGCUGGGGUGUCUGUAAACUUUCCAAGCAAACAGUUUGGUGACAACACCCAAUCUGAACAUAAAUCAUUUUACACACAGAAAGAAGCAUUAAACCUUCCUAUUAACAACACUGCACCAGUCCAUUCCCUACCUGAAUCCUUAGCAUUAAGAACUGUUACUCCAUCGGAGCUUGCAAAAUCUGAACCUCAGUCCACAACAAUUAGACCUGAAGCAAGUGUCCAGGAAAACUUCAGUCUGUCAAUUCAUCAACAGGGCUUGAUCAAAAAGAGGAAUGGCACCAAAAAAACCCUGGGAUCACCUCAAAAUAGUUCAGAUAAUGCCACAGAAGAUGCAGGCGGAAAAAGUGAGCCCCCCCUCAUUUCUCCUGUAAGACAGAGUAAGAUCAAAGAUGCGAAAACACAGGUAAAGGCCAAGCAGCAUUCAGGUGAACCCCUGGAAAUGCAACAAAUCUUAAAUACCACACUAUACAGGGCUACCGUAGACCUGUCUUUGGAUAAUCAGCUCAAUCCAUGGGAGGAAGGUGCAUUUGAUGCUGAUGAGACUUAUGAUGCAGAAAACGGUUAUGAAUUUGAUGUUGAAAGUUACAGUUAUGAUUAUGAAGAUCUUAACAAAAUGUUUGAAAUGGAGAAUACAAGAGGGCCAAAAGGGGAAACCGGACCUCCAGGUCCCCCAGGUCCUCCAGGUUUACCUGGUCUGUCGGGGAAGAGAGGUCCAAGGGGUAUUCCAGGCCCACAUGGGAAUCCAGGUUUGCCAGGGCUGCCUGGUCAAAAGGGCCCUAAAGGAGAUCCAGGUUUCUCCCCAGGACAAGCAAAACGUGGAGAAAAGGGUGACCCAGGUCCAAGAGGCUUACUAGGCCCUCCUGGUAUCAAAGGUCAGAAGGGUCCCAAAGGCUAUCCAGGGCCACCAGGUCCACGAGGCGAGCAAGGAAUUCCGGGAAUGGCUGGCAAUGCUGGUUCACUUGGUUACCCUGGCAGGCAGGGUUUAGCUGGACCAGAAGGUAACCCAGGUCCUAAAGGUGUAAGAGGUUUCAUUGGACCUCCAGGGGUGGCAGGACAGCCAGGACCUGAAGGAGAAAGAGGCAUUCCAGGACUGCAAGGAAAAAGAGGUCUUAAGGGGAGACUGGGUUUUCCAGGUGACUUUGGAAACAGAGGCCCCCCUGGCGCAGAUGGGAAUCCUGGAGUUGUUGGUGGUGUUGGGCCUCCUGGAUUUCCUGGGCUGAGAGGUGUUGUUGGGCCUGUGGGACCGAAUGGACCUUCUGGAAUUCCUGGGCCUCUGGGUCUUCCAGGGAGUCUGGGGCAGCCUGGAAUGAAAGGUGAUAAGGGUGAACAAGGCAUUGCAGGAGAGCCGGGAGAGCUGGGCUAUCCAGGAGACAAGGGUUCUGUUGGUUUGCCAGGACCAGCAGGAAUCAGAGGAAAGCCAGGGCCUCCUGGAAAAAUCGGAGAUCCGGGACCCCAGGGACCAUCUGGUCCUCCUGGGCCUGAGGGUUUUCCAGGAGAUAUUGGUGUACCUGGACUAAAUGGCCCUGAAGGUCCAAAGGGACUUCUAGGUGACCGAGGGCCUCCGGGGGCCCCAGGCCCGAAAGGAAUCGAGGGAAGGCCAGGUCGGAAAGGGUAUGCCGGUGAACCUGGAUCAGAAGGCUUGAAGGGAGAACCAGGAGAUCAAGGAAACCUUGGAAAAACUGGUGAAGCAGGACCCAUUGGUUUACCUGGAGAAAUUGGACCAGCUGGAAUACCUGGUGAAAAGGGAGAGCGGGGCAGUCCAGGACCAGUGGGCCCUCCUGGGGAGAAAGGUGUCAUGGGCUAUGCAGGACCUCCAGGGGGCUUUGGGCCUUUAGGGCCACAAGGACUGCCUGGUCCUUCAGGGGCAAGAGGACCUCCAGGACCACAGGGAGCUAAAGGACGAAGAGGGCCAAGGGGUCUAGAUGGUCCUCCAGGAGAACAAGGGACACAAGGUAUUAAGGGAGAAAGAGGUGAUCCAGGGAAAAAAGGUGUUCAUGGACUUAUUGGCAAGGCUGGAAACCCUGGAGAAAGGGGUGAUUCAGGAGUGCCAGGCUUGCCCGGACCUCCUGGAAACACGGGUGACAGAGGCCCUGUGGGAGAGCCAGGUCCAAGAGGACAAAAAGGUGAUGCUGGCCCUGCAGGAGAAAUGGGUUUUGAGGGACCUCCUGGCCCUGAGGGAGAGCCUGGCCUGCAAGGAGAACCAGGUGCAAAGGGAGACAUCGGACCUGCUGGCAGUGCUGGAGAAACAGGAGAACAAGGUUUAAGGGGUGAACCAGGAUCUCCAGGAGAAGAUGGUGCACAAGGGAAAGAUGGCUCAAAGGGGAUCCCUGGAGACCAAGGGCUUCCAGGAGAGGAUGGUGAAAAAGGAGAAACCGGAAUUCCAGGAAUUACAGGCCCCACUGGUGAACCUGGCAUAAUGGGUAUUCCAGGACCUGAAGGAACACCAGGAAAUCCAGGUCAAAGGGGUCGUCCAGGAAGAAAGGGGGGAAAGGGGCAGCUAGGACCUCCAGGAGAGAUUGGAGCCACAGGUGAUGCUGGCCAACCUGGAAAAUUUGGUCCUAAAGGCGCAAGAGGAACUAGAGGUCCAUUGGGACAUUUAGGAGUAAUGGGACCUGAAGGAGAGCCAGGAAUUCCAGGUUACAUGGGUCAUCAGGGUCAGCCAGGAUCACCUGGUCCUCCAGGACCCAAAGGAGAGAAGGGUCACACAGGGCUUCCAGGUCUAAGAGGAGCAAUUGGACAACAAGGGCCUCCAGGUGAACCAGGUGAAUUGGGGGAGCAAGGACCAAAGGGAGAGAGAGGAUCAGAAGGUCCCACUGGAAAAAGAGGAAUGACUGGUCAAGCUGGGAAACCUGGAAUUCCUGGAAAACCAGGCCCACGAGGGCAGAAAGGUGCUUCUGGAUAUCCUGGACCAGAGGGCAUUCCUGGGAAUCCUGGAAAGCCUGGGUUACCUGGGAAUGCAGGCUUUCCUGGUAAUAAAGGGAGCCCAGGAAUAGCAGGGCUGGCAGGGUAUCCUGGAAUUCGGGGAGCAAAGGGAUUGCCGGGCGUGCCAGGUAUCAGUGGAGAACCAGGACUUAAGGGUGAGCAAGGGCUUCAGGGUCAUCCAGGAAAACAAGGUAAAAGAGGCCUUCCUGGGGUACAAGGUGAUCAAGGCCCACCAGGAGAUCCUGGAUUGAAAGGGAAAACUGGAGAACUUGGAGAUCAAGGUUUGAUGGGGUUUCAAGGAUUCCCAGGUCCAAAAGGUCCUGAUGGGGACAUUGGUUUAGUUGGAAUUCUGGGUCCUAAAGGACCUGUAGGCCAAAUUGGAUACACUGGCCCCAUUGGUCAAGAAGGCAUAAUAGGCCCAACAGGCAAACCUGGAUCCAGGGGUGAAAAAGGCUCCAGGGGUGAAAUUGGCCCUCAGGGACCACAGGGUCAUCCAGGUCCACCAGGUCCACCUGGGGUACCUGGUCCAAGAAAACAAAUGGACAUCAAUGCUGCUAUUCAAGCCUUGAUUGAAUCAAAUGGUGCACUACAAAUGGAGAGCUACCAGAAUACUGAAGUAACUUUACUAGAUCACAGUGCAGAGAUAUUCAAAACGCUACACUAUCUCAGCAAUUUACUGCACAGUAUCAAGAACCCCCUCGGCACUCGGGAUAACCCAGCACGCAUCUGCAGGGAUUUGCUUAACUGUGAACGUAAAGUAUCAGAUG